AUGUUGGGAUAUAAAUCUAUUAUUGCAUUGGUUUUUCUCUUCUGGGCCUCUCCUAUCAUUGCUUCUCUUACCCCCAAGCCACCGAGUCCUCAACCUAAACCAUCGAGUCCUCGUCUCCCCGAUCUACCAGAGACUAAGCCCGUUUUGAAGUCAGGAGACGUGUGCGACAAAUGGAAAGAAGCAUACUCAUUUAGUGAAUACACCUGGAUGAAAUACCGUGCAUGUUUUAGAAGAGAAGAUGACUUUGUAAAGAUCGUCUUUGAGGUUGGAGAUGCCCAGUACUACUGGGGCUUGGAAUGGUAUCGCUUUGGAGUUGAGCAUGGCAUCUUUGUGCACAUUCAAGGGGAGGCUGCUUCUGAGACAACCGACCUAAUCAAGUUUGACGUUAAGAACUUGUUUAAUGAGCCAGGGGAAAUGGACGUUGCGAAGAUCAAGACUGAGAAAGAUACAAAGUUCAGUACUACUCUGGUAAUUGACACAGUUGGCCCAUACUGGGACGAUAUUGCCAGCAAAAUUAUAGAGAGCAUUGCGUUCGAGGCAGAUGUGCCCAUACAGGGCCGCUAA